AUGUCAAAAGGAGCAGUGAACGAAGGUGCGAGAGGUCAAAGCGUGUGGGAUCAUUUCUCAAACAGAUUUCCUCAUAGAAUCAGUGAUUCUAGUGACGGAAAUGUCGCCGUCGAUUUUUACCAUCGUUACAAAGAAGAUAUCAAAAGAAUGAAAGAUAUAAACAUGGAUUCUUUUAGGCUCUCCAUUGCUUGGCCACGAGUUUUACCUUAUGGUAAAAGGGAGAGAGGAGUUAGUGAAGAAGGAAUUAAGUUUUACAAUGAUGUUAUAGAUGAGCUCUUAGCCAAUGAAAUCACUCCUCUUGUUACAAUCUUUCACUGGGACAUUCCUCAGGAUCUUGAAGAUGAAUAUGGCGGUUUUCUAAGCGAGCAGAUUAUAGAUGACUUCAGAGACUAUGCGAGUCUCUGCUUCGAAAGAUUUGGGGACAGAGUGAGUCUAUGGUGCACAUUGAAUGAGCCAUGGGUCUACAGUGUUGCGGGUUAUGACACGGGGAGGAAAGCGCCAGGACGGUGCUCCAAGUAUGUAAAUGGAGCUAGUGUAGCUGGAAUGUCGGGAUAUGAAGCAUAUAUCGUGAGCCAUAACAUGCUUCUAGCGCACGCAGAAGCAGUGGAAGUGUUUAGGAAAUGUGAUAAUAUUAAGAACGGACAAAUCGGGAUUGCGCAUAAUCCGCUAUGGUACGAACCUUAUGAUCCGAGCAAUCCGGAUGAUGUAGAAGGAUGUAGUCGAGCUAUGGACUUCAUGAUUGGUUGGCAUCACCAUCCGACUGCUUAUGGAGACUAUCCAGAAACAAUGAAGAAGUCAGUCGGAGAUCGAUUACCGAGUUUUACACCAGAACAGUCCAAGAAACUUAUAGGCUCUUGUGAUUACGUUGGUAUAAACUACUAUAGCUCGCUUUUCGUAAAGACUAUCAAAGACGUGGAUCCUACACAACCCACUUGGAGAACUGAUCAACGCGUAGAUUGGAUGAAAACCAACAUAGAUGGGAAAUUUAUAGCGAAACAAGGAGGAUCAGAGUGGAGUUUCACAUAUCCAACAGGACUUAGAAACGUUUUGAAGUAUAUGAAAAAAAAUUAUGACAAUCCUCGGAUUCUCAUAACCGAAAACGGGUAUGGUGAAGUAGCAGAACAGAGUCAAAACCUGUUAAUGUACAAUCCUUCAAUCGACACAGAAAGAUUGGAGUACAUAGAAGGACAUAUCCACGCGAUUCAUCAAGCAAUCUAUGAAGAUGGAGUGAGAGUGGAAGGCUAUUACAUAUGGUCAUUGCUAGAUAACUUUGAGUGGAACAGUGGAUAUGGUGUGAGAUACGGUUUGUAUUACAUUGAUUACAAAGAUGGGCUUAGACGAUACCCGAAAAUGUCGGCCUUAUGGUUGAAAGAGUUCUUGAGGUUUGAUCAAGAAGACGGAUCGACAUCUAAGAAAGAAGAGAAGAAAGAGAGUUACGGAAAACAGCUAUUGAAUUCUGUUCAAGACAGUCAAUUCAUGAAUUCGAUUAAAGAUAGCGGUGCUUUACCCGCUGUUUUAGGGAGCUUGUUCGUUGUUUCUGCAACUGUUGGUACUUCUCUGUUCUUCAAGGGGUCUAAUAAUUGA